CUCUCGCACCCUCACCGAGCAAUGGCAGCUGCCUCUGUAUUUUCAGCCAUGACAAGAAGGCUAGGAGGGAAGGUAGCACUGAUAACCGGGGGAGCCAGCGGCAUUGGAGAAUGCACUGCGAAACUCUUCUCCCAGCACGGUGCCAAAGUUGCAAUCGCCGAUGUCAAAGACGAACUCGGCCACUCCCUCUCCGACGCCUUGGGUUCAUCAAAUAGUACCUACAUCCAUUGUGAUGUCACCAAUGAAGAUCACAUAAAAAAUGCCGUGGAUAAAACAGUAGCAACUUGUGGAAAAUUGGACAUCAUGUUCAAUAAUGCAGGAAUUGCUGAUCCAAACAAGGCCCAAAUCAUUGACAACGAAAAAUCAGACUUCGAAUGCGUCCUGAGGAUCAAUGUAACAGGGGUUUUUCUUGGGAUCAAACAUGCCGCUAGAGUCAUGGUCCCUGCUCGAAGCGGAAGCAUUAUUUCCUCGGCCAGCUUAGCCUCAGGGAUUGGCGGUGCGGCAUCGCAUGCUUAUACUUGUUCAAAGCACGCUGUAGUUGGGCUGACCAGAAAUUUGGCGGUAGAGCUGGGCCAAUUUGGGAUCAGAGUCAAUUGCUUAUCACUCUUUGCAUGCGCAACACCUCUAUCCACCAAAUUCGUGGGGCUUGAGGACGAAGCUUUUGAGAAUGCCAUGAAUUCGAUGUCAAAUCUUAAAGGGACUACUCUCAGGACUGAUGAUGUCGCUAAAGCUGCCCUCUACUUAGCAAGCGAUGACUCUAAAUUUGUGAGCGGACACAAUCUCUUCAUCGAUGGCGGUCUAGGCAUUUGCAACUCGGCAUUCAACUUGUUCGUGUAUCCAGAAUCUUAGAUGUAAGCGAUAUCUAUUUGGAACUCAAUUUCACCGUGGCGUGUAGAUAA